GACCGCGACGACUGACGACUACCAAGAAAGGGCGAAAGCCGGGCUACACUCAAGCAGCACCCAGCAUGCCUGGAGAUAUCCGCAACUUCUUUAGCAAGCCGUCCGCUUCGGCCAGCAAAGAAAAGAAGCCAACGAGGAAGAACGUUGUGGCAUCAGAUUCAGAAGAGGAAGAGGUAGUGCCGUCGAAACCUGUGGCUGCUCCACCCAGUAUUGAAAGUCCAAAAAAGAAGACCGUCCAGACUAUCGAUUCCGAUGUAUUCUUUGCAGAUACCAAGAUCACGAAGAAGGCUCCUCUGAAGGUAAGCAAACCGGUGGUCAAAAAGGCCCAAAAGCUUGAGGAUGACGACUACGAAUUUGACAAUAUGGAAUUGGAUGAGGAGGAUUUUGCAAUGAUUGAUGCAAAAGUGGAGGAAGAGUCUCAAAGGCGCGUUCAGUCUCAGUCUCAAUCUCAAUCUCAAGGCCGCGCCGGUCAACCAGCCUCGAGUCAACCUGUGGUCGAUAUCCUAUCAAGUGAUGACGACACGUCCCCGAAGAAGCGCAAGGUGAGCUCUGCACGAUCAACACCAGCAAAGAAGGCCAAGGUAGAGUCCGUCAUUGACUUAGACGCAGUAGAGGAAAAGCCUGCACGAUCAGCUCGCAGUACACCUGCUAAAAAGGCCAAGGCCGGUGUUCAGCUCGUGGAGGGGUCUCUUGGCCUCAUCGAAAAGGACGAAAACAAAUCGUCACCAAAGGCAAAGACGCCUGCGAAACCAUCGCCUGCAAAAUCUGCACUAGCCAAAGCAUCGGCGAAGAAGACUACUGUCAAGAAGUCGACUGAACCCGCCAGGACCAAAGAAGCGCAAGCCAUUUUGGAUGCGAUUCCUAGUGCUGAAGUUCCCGAAGUCGGCGAGCCUGUUGACUUCAAAUUCGGUGGCGGCGCUCAAAGUCGUGGUGCGAUCGCGCCAGGCUCCAAAGACCUUCCUGUUGGAGAGGAUGAUUGUCUUGCGGGCUUGACCUUCGUUCUUACAGGCAUCCUUACAUCCCUCUCGCGAGAAGAUGCAGCGGAGCUCAUCAAGGAAUACGGUGGCAAAGUGACGGCGACACCAUCCAGCAAGACGAGCUUUGUCGUGCUUGGGGAACAAGCCGGUCCUUCGAAAAUCAAGAAGAUUCACGAACUCAAGCUUCGUACGGUCGACGAAGAUGGUUUGCUUCGUAUGAUUCAGACCAUGCCUGGCGCUGGCGGCUCCGGCGCAGCCGCACAGAAGGUGCUUGAGAAGCGGCAGGCAGAAGCACAGAGAGCCGUGGAUGAAGCAGCAGCCUUUGAGAAGCGGGAAGCCGAGGAGCGUCGUAAAGCACAAGCCCUGCUGAAGGGCAAAGCAGCUGAGGGCAUUAUCGGUGGUCCACGUAUCUUUGACCCGUCUGAGCAGCUCUGGACAACCAAGUAUGCUCCCAAGACCAUGAAGGAGGUGAUGGGCAACAAGGCGAGUGUCGAGAAGCUUGAGCGCUGGUUGACUGGCUUUCAGAAGGCACAAGCUGCCAGUUUUAAAAAGGGCGGUCCUGAUGGCCUUGGCUUGUAUCGAGCGGUGCUGUUGUCAGGUCCCCCGGGCGUAGGCAAGACGACGAGCGCACAUCUGAUCGCCAACCUGGCUGGAUUCGACGUCUUGGAGUUCAAUGCCUCUGAUACGCGUUCGAAGAAGUUGCUCGAGACCGGCUUGGCUGGUGUGGUUGACAACACGUCGCUGAAUGGUUAUUUCGCUGCAGAUGGAGAGCAAGUGCAAAAGAACAAAAAGAAGAUGGUCUUGAUUAUGGAUGAAGUUGACGGCAUGAGCAGUGGUGACCGCGGUGGUGUGGGUGCCCUGAAUGCAGUCAUCAAGAAGACCACCAUUCCGAUCAUUUGCAUCUGCAAUGAUCGCAGCUCCGUCAAGAUGAAGCCACUGACCUUUACUACUCUCGAUCUCAAGUUUCAGCGGGCUUCGAAAGAUCAGAUUCGUUCGCGCAUUAUGAGUAUUGCAUACCGUGAAAAGCUCAAGAUUACGCCACAAGCUGCAGAUCAGCUCGUCGAGGGUACUGGCAGUGACAUUCGACAAAUUAUCAAUCUGCUGAGCAUGCACCGCUUGACCAUGAAUGCAAUGGAUUCAGGUCGUGAGAGUGCCAAGGCCGCUGAGAAGAAUACAAUCUUGAAACCAUGGGACAUUGUCGGUCAGUUCCUCAAUGGUGCCAACUAUCACGAACGCAGCCCCAUGACGCUCAAUGACAAGAUCGAACUUUAUUUCAACGACCAUUCACUGUCGUACCUCAUGGUGCAAGAGAAUUUUCUCCUCACGAAUCCAGAGCGAUGUCGCGCCGUGGCGCCUCCGAAGCGUAAGAUGAUGAAGCACCUGCAGCUUCUUGAACAAGCAGCGAGCAGUAUCUCAGACAGUGACUUGGUCGAUCAGCUGAUCCACGGCUCGCAGCAGCAUUGGAGUCUUAUGCCUGUGCAUGCCGUCUUUUCCUGCGUUCGACCUUGUUCGUUUGUCGCUGGCGUUGGUCAUGGUCGAUACGGUUUCCCAUCCGUGUUGGGUCGCAUGUCUACGACUGGCAAAGCCUAUAGAUUGCUACGCGAAGUACAUGCGCAUCUGCGUCUCAAAGUCUCUGGCGAUCGCUUUGAGAUUCGUCGGGACUACCUACCAACGCUGUAUAGACGAUUGCCACAACGUCUCUCGGUUGGCGGUCAAGAUGCGAUUCCAGAGAUAAUGGAAUUGAUGGAUGAGUAUUACCUCAACAAAGAUGACUAUGAUUCAUUGAUUGAGCUUGGUAUGGCGGGUGAGGAACUCCAGAUCGAUACAACGACAAAGAGUGCCUUUACGCGCAUCUACAAUAAAGCUGCACACCCUGUUGCCUUUUUGCCAACUGCUGCGAGUGGUGCUGCAACGCAGGCAAGGAAGAUGUCAAAGGAGGCUGCACCGGAUAUUGAGGACGCUCUGGAGCUCUCUGACGAAGAGGCUGCGGCUGUGCCGGAGAAGGUAGAGGACGAUGAAGACAUCAGUAAGGACAAGGCCAUCAAGGCACUCAAGAAGCCUAGUGCGAGUGCUGCAAAGGGCAAAAAGGCUCCCGCCGGGAAGGGCAAGGCAUCAGCAGGCGGCAGUAGUGCUGGCUCAUCCAAGACGAAAAGUCGGGCGAAAAAGUGAAGAAUAGAGUUGGCGCCUCUGGCUUUCUGACGUAUUAUGAAGGAGUCUUGACCGUGUGUAAACCUACCGUAUGCUAUUGCUAUGAGGAAAGCUUGAAAAACAACAAUGAAAUGG